AUGGACAGGUACGAGACCAGGAACAGGUAUGAGACCAGGUACAGGUACAAGACCAGGGACAGGUACGAGACCAGGGACAGGUACGAGACCAGGGACAGGUACGAGACCAGGGACCGGUACGAGACCAGGAACAGGUACGAGGACCAGGGACCGGAGAGGACCAGGAACAGGUAUGAGACAAGAGACAGCUAUGAGACCAGGGACCGGGAGAGGACCAGAGACGGGUAUGAGAUCAGGACAGGUACAAGUUCACACAGGGACAGCUAUGAGACCAGGGACCGGGAGAGGACCAGAGACAGGUAUGAGAUCAGGGACAGCUAUGAGACCAGGGACUGGGAGAGGACCAGAGACAGGUAUGAGAUCAGGGACAGCUAUGAGACCAGGGACAGGUAUGAGACCAGGGACCGGGAGAGGACCAGGGACAGGCAUGAGACCAGGGACAGCCCCGGCGGCUCCCGCCUCGCCCCUCACGCGCUCUCCCGUCGGGCUUCCUGGUCGAGGACCUGCUCGGAAUCAGCCACCUGCCGGGUACCUGCACCGGACCGGCCCGGGACGGGCGGCCCGCCCCGGAUCCGACAGCCCCCGCACAGCCUGCACGGACCCGCGUACCUUAAGUUCGGCGUCAGCGCCAUCCUGGCCCCGUCCCCGCCCAGCGUUUGUCGUCCGCUGCCGCUGCCGGUGUUCCAUCCAGCCGUCAGAGCUUCUUAUUUCACAGCCUCCUCCUCUGUGGUUCCUGUUCCUGGAACAUUUUCAUGGCCCCUGGCACCCAGAGGGAAGCCCAGGAGGGGGAUGUUACGACGGGCUGUCUUCUCAGACCUCCAGCGGAAGGCACUCGAGAGAACUUUCCAGAAGCAAAAAUACAUCAGCAAGCCAGACAGGAAGAAGUUGGCCAGUAAGCUGGGACUGAAAGACUCGCAGGUGAAGAUCUGGUUCCAGAACCGGAGAAUGAAAUGGAGAAACUCCAAGGAGCGGGAGCUGCUGUCAACAGGAGGCUGCCGCCAGCAGACUCUCCCCACCAGGACCAACCAGCACCCAGACCUCACCGACGUGGGCGCCUACUGCCAAACCCUGAGCCGGACUGCAGCCAGCACCCGCGCUCUGCUCCAAGGUGCCACGCCACAGCUAGUCCACCACCACAGUGCUUCCUGCGGCUCAGACGGCAAACGGGCCGAGCUCCCGGAGUCCGAUGGAGAAGAAAUCACCGUGUCGUGAGGCUUUAGUAGAACUUUGUGGAAUUGGACUUGUGUACCAGCGUGAGGCAGAGCGGAGAGUUUGGAACUCGGUGUGAUGGAGUUUUUGUUUUUUAUUCUGAAGCAGAGUCUUUAAUGUGUAAAAUUUGCUUCACACUGGGACAAAAAUUAAUUUAAAAAUGCAGAAACACCAAGUUAAUCUGAACCCUUAAAUCUGUUGACACUCAGUAAAAAGUUGUGUUCUUUUGCCAGGAUUUCUCAGAGAGCAGCAAAACUACACAAAUAACCAAAGUACUUGAAUUUCAUCGACUGUUUCAGACUAGCUCUAAACGUAAAGUGUUUGUUGAAAUCAUUUUUAAGAAGUAGUGGAGUAUUUUCUACACAUAUCACGGAAUUAUUUUACAUUUAAUAUGUAGAUACGAAAGAAAACCAGUUCUACUUUAAACGGACUGCUGAAGGGCAGAGAAUCGAACCUGUGACCCUCCAGACACAAACUCUCCUUUAUAACCUUCAGACCACAACUUCCAGUUUAGGGUUGUAUUCUGAUUCUGUUUUCUCAAAUAAAUCAUGAAAAUGU